AUGGCUCAUUCGAAUGUAGAUGUUUACCUGGAUACUCUGGAGAUGGACGAUUUUGCAAUGACACUUAUCCUUGUCACAAGACUUAAAACACAUUUAUGGAAUUAUGUAGAUGUCGAUGAAUGUGCAACCUCAACUCAUAACUGUCAUGGAGUUGCUCACUGCUUUAACAAUCCGGGAUCCUUCAGCUGUGAGUGUCGCAAAGACUACAUUGGAGAUGGAAUAGCAUGUGAGCCGAACGGAGAUUUCUCGGUAACCAUCAGAAAUAUUUCAAAAGACAAGUACCAUGCCACAACUGUAAGUCGUUCGGUCAAAAGCGUCCAGGAAGCCGUGAUACAGGGUCUAAAUGAAGACUUGACUGUACUGAAAAGCACUUUCGAAUGGAGCGUGGUUAGUGAACUGGAACUAGCUGCUUCCGAGUCAGCAUUAGGAACUAUAGUUAGUCAAGGAACAACGGAGUGGACAAUAAACAGACGAUCCAUACCAGCAGGUAUUUAUCAAGUCAAAUUCAAUGCUACAAUUACAGUUGGAGAUCAAGAAUCCCCACGGAUGCUGAAUGCUUUUGAUUAUGGCUUCAUUGAGGUUAUUGUAGCUCCAGUGCGAGCAAUCAUUGAUGGGGGAAGCAGUAUUCGAUGGGGAUCCAAAAACAUUGUGACUGUGGAUGGUUCCUUGAGUUACGAUGCUGAUAUUGGUCCUGGAGAAUAUACUGGGCUCAAUUUCACGUGGACCUGCCGGAAUGACACUAAUGUGAGCAACACUUGUUUCGGUUCCUUCCAUGGUGAAGGAAACGUAAGCUCUAGAGACAUUACAAUUGAUCCUAGUGGACUUGAAAUCAAUAAGACGUAUUCCCUUCGACUUACGGUUUCCAAGGAUACGAGAAGUUCGUUUGCUGAAAUGUCCUUUGCCAUAGCUGCUGGAGAGGUACCUCAGGUUACUCUCAGAUGCUUUGUGGAUUGCGGCGCAAUAGUGUCUGCGUCAAACAAGCUCCGGGUGACAUCAGAGUGUCUUAACUCUCCUUGUAAUGGAUCCACUUAUGAAUGGCGCUUAUCCAAAUUAAAUGGUUCAAAAUGGGUAAACAUAUCUAUUUUACCCAAUAUGACUUCAACUGCUGUUAAUGCUACUAAUAUGAUCAUCAAGAAGAAUUCAUUGCAAUCUAAAUCAAAAUACAAUCUAACAUUAUUUGUAAAAUCUUUGGAUGGGACAUACGGGUUUUCUAUGCUCCUCUUCGAAACUGCAGGGGAGCCGCACAGUGGUUACUGCGCGCCGUCAAUCUCUGAAGGCGUUUCACUGGAGACUGAGUUUACUUUCAAGUGCUUCGAUUGGCAGGAUGCGAGCUUACCGCUCACCUAUGAAUUCGCCCAUGGAGAGGAGCCUAUAUCUUAUGGCACAUCAACCUCGUCUGUAUCGACAGUGUUACCGACUGGAUUACCAGACAAAGAUUUCUUGCUAGAAGUCACUAUUGUUAUCAGAAAUGCAGUUGGGGUAGCUGUUGAACAGAAAUUAUUUGUCAAGGUAAAGCCAUCAUCGAGCCUCGAUCCAUGUGUUUCGUCACCCGAGCAAGUUGCAAACAAGUUAAAAAGUUUUGUAGUCAUGGAAGGUAAUAAGCUUGAUGGAUUUCUCAACAAAGGUAAAAUUAGCCAAGCUGUUCAAAUCGGUUUAUCUGUCAUCAAGUCUGCAAAUGAAAAAAGCGAAUGUGGAAUAGAUCUGGACCCUCAAGACAAAGCUUUGAUCUUCAACGCAUUAAUUACGAAGUUUACAGCAAUAACACCGGAGAAUCUUGAAAUGUCUCGCCUGGUUAUGUCAGUGGUGAGCUUAGCUAUGGAAGCUAAGGUUGACGUCAACGAUAACAGCAACAAUGACAACCUGGAGUUGACGAUACAAUUGACAGACAGUACUUCAAAUAUGAUGAUCUCUACCGUUAACGAUCCAGAGGAGCCUUUUACACCAACGUUGGAACUUGUAGCUACAAGUGUUACAGACUGUCUUGCAAAUGUUCUGAAGUCUGCUGCAGGCUCGAGUCAAGAUAGAGCAGAUUUGGCUGCUACCACGCCAUCUCGAGAGUUUGUAAAGAAGGCCUCCGAAAAACUGAGCAGCAUGAGUGAUGCAUUUUUUGGCCGUUUGGUGCUAUCAGAAGAUCUGGUCCUAAAAACUCCGAACUUGGUUAUAUCGCUGAAAAAGGUCACGGCCAAUGAUGCCAAAGGACUCAGCAUGGGAGAUGGACCAAGUAAAUUCAAGCUCCCGAGCAACCUUGGAAAUAUAGGUGAUGGGGAGAUAAAUGCAAAGAUGCAAGCUGUUGAUUUUAAUCCUUUUACAUGGGACAAUAGCAGCAAGAAAAUAAAAUCAAGCGUGACGAGUCUCGAGCUUAAGAGUAACAGUGCAGAAAAGCUUAAUGUGUCAAAUCUUGAUAAUGACAUCGAGAUCGUAAUUCCGAUUUCUAAUCCACCAAAGAACUCCAGCAACACAACACAACAUUAUUUCCUCAAGCCUGACCGCAUAUCAUUCCGAAGUUAUUACGCAAACCUAGCCGACGUCCCUGUCUCUUUAAGAUUGGGUUUGGCCAUAACAGGAGCGCAAAUUGAAAUGCGGAUUAAAUUUGGACAACGACCAACGAUGGUGGACUUUGACCACAAUUUUAGUUUUGCGUUUAAGUCUAAAUGUGACAACCGAACAGUUUUUAAUACAACCUGCUUUACCAAAGAUGGGUCUGUUAAAGUGACGCCUCCUAAGCCAGGUUUUCUCUACGUGGGCUUGUUGGUCAAAGGCUCUAAGAAUGAAAGUCAACAUUUUAGGCAAAGAAGAUCAUGUUUCAAUCAUCGUCGCGAAAGACGGUCAUGUGUCGGCGUUAAAGAUCCGCCACCAAAAGGAGUCCUUAAAACUAUGGUUCCACAAUAUGAUCCAAAUACAGACGUUAACUACACUUUAAUCAUCAGCCAGUCAAGCUGUUUGUAUUGGUCAGAGGAAAAAGAAAAGUGGACUGCGGAAGGUUGCAAGGUAAACCAUGAUUCAAACACCACGCAUCUGGUAUGCCUGUGCAAUCAUUUGACAUCUUUUGGUGGAAACUUCAUCCAAGCACCGAAUCCAAUUGACUUCGACAAAGUUUUUACUGAGUUUUUAAACCUUGCUGAAAGUGGCAAUAUUUCAGUACUUGUGACAAUUGCUUGUUGUUUCCUUCUGUACUUCGUCGUGUUGAUCUUUGCAAGGAGGGCCGACAAGGGAGAUGAAGACAAAAUUUGCCCUCCUAAAUUGAUAUCAGUUGUUGAGGGAGGAACAUAUUACUACGAUAUGGUUAUAAGCACUGGUGUUUGGAAACACUCAGCAACAACAGCCAACAUAACCAUCAGUAUCAAGGGCGACAAUAACGAGCAGAGUCAAAUUCCUUUGCGAGAGAAAGGGGACACGAGCCAGUUUUUCGGACGAGGGAGUAUCAAUGGCUUUGUUCUGGUGAUGGCUGAAACCAUUGGCACAUUAAAAGAAAUUACUUUGGAACACGAUAAUUUGGGUGAUAACCCGUCUUGGUUUGCGGAGACUGUGGUUAUCAAAGACCGGCAGACGGAAGAAAAGUGGGUGUUCCCCAUUAAUAGAUGGCUUGCGUUGGAGAAAGACGACGGUCAAAUAGAGGUUACUGUGGACAGCGCUACUUACUCUGCCUUCUCGGCGCAGAUUCGUUCGCGCUUUGCUCGAAAAAUUGCCGACAGUCAUCUGUGGAUGUCAGUGUUUGGAAAAGCAUGUAGCAGCACCUUCACACGUGUGCAAAGAGCUUCAUGUUGUCUUUCAGUUUUGUUUAGUGCAAUGAUAGCUAAUGCCAUGUUCUAUAAUAUUGGUGGUAAAUCCGAUGGUGCUAUACAGGUUGGGCCAUUUAAGUUUUCUUGGAGACAGAUAGUCAUCGGAAUACAAAGUGGCAUUAUCAUUGCACCUAUAAACAUAAUAAUUGCCUUCCUGUUUAAGUCCAGCAGACCAAGGAAGAAAAGGAGUGAAAAACACGAAGUGACAGACGAGGCCCAGCGACUUUUGGAUGAAAUAACGGACACUGGUUGUAUGCUACCUCACUUCUUUGUCUACGUGGGCUGGUUUCUCUGCUUCUGUGCAACUAUUGCAGCAGCAACGUUUACGCUGUUUUACAGUCUAAUGUGGGGAAAGGAAACCUCUGAGCAGUGGCUUGCUUCCAUCUUGAUUUCCAAUGGACAAGAUAUUUUCGUUAUGCAACCCACGAAGGUUAUGAUAGCAGUCAUAGUUAUCUCCUUUCUCCUGAUCAGAAAGAAUAAAAAUCAAUGUGAAGAAGAAAAAGAGGAAAUUGCAAUCGAUCCACUUGCAAUUGAAAUAGACUUUGUAAAUGAUGAUCCCAAACAGCGAUUUAAGAAAUAUCAGCGGGAAAAGAUGAGGGAGAGAUCAAAAAAAGAAGCUCAGUUAACAAGCAUGACAAGAGACAUUAUCCUUCAUCUGAUAUUUAUGUUUCUUCUGGCUAUCGUUUCUUAUGGAAACAAGAAUGGAAAUCGUUUCCUGAUGACAAAUGAGAUGAGAAAUCGGUUCACUAAAUUCAAUGUGGUAUCUGAUUCACAAAGAUUUGAAGCGUGGUUAAGGAACGAAUUCCUAUCAAACAUUUAUAAUCAGGUGUGGUAUAACGGACUUGAAGAGAAAAACGACGUGUAUAUCGAGAACAAAAUGUCAAUACUGGUAGGAAUGCCUUGGUUGCGACAGCUCAGAAUUAAAAAAGGUUUUUGCAAGUCCCCCCCUAAAAUCAUCUCAACUUGCUACUACGACUAUUCCUCAGACAGUGAGGACACUACUCCCUUAAGUCUUCCCGGCUGGAAGCCUCUUCCCUUCAACACAUCAUGGCCAAAUGCUUUAGAAAUGUGCCCGAAACCUUGGCGAUACCAAUCAGCAGCAGAACUCCGCAACCAUCCUAUCCAGGCGGCAUACAAUUCAUAUGAAGGUGGUGGUUAUGCAGCUGUCAUGGGAUAUGACGAAGCCACUGCCCAAGGCGUCCUCGACGAAACUAUUGGCCACGGUUGGCUUGAUCGCCAGACUCGAGUUGUUAUUCUAGAGUUUGCUGUUUUCAAUGUCAAUACAAACUUGAUUAGCGUUGCCACAUUGUUUUACGAGGCCAUAGCUACUGGUGCAGCCUACACUACAAAGAGAAUUGAAACAGUCGAGUUGUACAGCACUGAGUCAGGAGCUCUGAUGUUUUUCUUAAUUGGCCAGUUUCUGUUCAUGGCAAUGGUCCUCUUUUACCUCAUGGUUAUGUUAGUUCACCUUUAUCGACAACGCGUCAGGUUCUUCAAGUCUGUUUGGAACAUAGUGGAUUUCUUCUUGAUAAUUUUCUCUGUAGCAUCUGUAGCAUUCUACAUGAUCAGAGCCAAAAGCGUUUUGAACACUAUCAAAUCUAUUCAAGCCAAUCCAUAUGAAGUUAUGCAUUUCCACGCAGCCUUAGAUUGGCUUAACCUUGAAAAUGCGUCUAUUGCUGUUGCUGUUUUCAUGGUGACAGUCAAGCUUCUGAAUCUAAUUCGUUUUAACCCACACGUAAUAUACUUGUUUUCAUCUUUUCGGCAGUCUGUAGGCUAUCAACUCUCGUAUGUGUUCUUCUUUCUGAUCGUGUUUAAUGCAUUUGUCAUAGCAGGUAUGCAGUUAUUUGGUGGUAUAGUCCUUGAGUAUUCUAGUUACCUUAAUGCCGUAAUGUCACAAUUCGAAUUCCUGUUGGGAAAAGCGGUUCCGUUACAAGCUCUGCGGAGUGACAAACCUUUUAUUGGUCCUACGUUUGCAUUUUUGUUCUGUCUAUCCACUACUAUUUUUCUAAUGAAUAUGUUAGUUUCUGUACUCAAUGAGUCCUAUGGUGACGCCAAAGAAAACGCCGAGGAAAGUGCAGAAGAGCUUGAAAUGGCGCGCUUCAUUGAAGAACGUGUAAAGGAAAUGUUUCACGAAGGGAGCAGUCGGACGGAAUUUAGGUUAUUUUGUGAUGAGACAACUUUUGUUAAUAUGUGCCUUUCUGAAGUAGAGCCCUUCUGUUUGAAUUCUGAAACUAUUAUCCAAAGCACAGAGCUACGAAUGGAAAACGUGGAGAAAAGACUGUCUGCUCUCACUAAACGAACAGAAAGCAUGGAAGUUGAUCUCUUACAGGAGGAAAAUGACCUUAUGAACCUCCUGCACACAAUGGUAAAUUCUUUUGAAUACGUUUCAGACAGACAAUCAGAGGUUGAUCCCUGAAUUAGAAACGAUUUCUGGUGAAAUGAUAACGUUGAAAUGGCACUGUGUCUUAAUAUUAUUGUCAAUAUCAGUAAACAAAAGACGCUAAGCAGAUCAUUUUACCUCGACACUGUUCACAUGAAAUCCAUCAAGAGCGUUCUAACAUUUUUUCUCAGUCAAUUGACUGUCAAAUCCAACAUAACUUGAAAAUAGACGGAACCGCAUUGGCAGUAAAUUACAAAAUCGACUGGUACAUGACGUCUUAAGGUCAUCUUGAUAAUGUAACAGAAGACACUAAAGUCACUAAAUAUAGUGUUAACGUUGGUCCUCCAAUAGAUGGGAGAUAAUUUU